GAAACGCUGCUGGUCAAGGACAGUCCUCGCUCAUCGGCACUCACCUUCAUCCUCGUGUACAUUUUUUACCCAUAGUCACUCAUUUCCAACCAUGCAUUUCCUUUCAUUCUUCUCACUCCUUACGAUAGCAGCGGCACUUGCCGUCGAAAAACGACAAGUGGUCGGAGGGCCCAUCGAUCCUUCUACCACGCCUCUGUGCGCAUACUACACAGACUGGCCAUCUCCAUUCUUCAAUCAAGGCGAGACAUGUGCCUCCAUCGCAUCCUUCUGGGGUGUCUCAGAGCAGAACUUCAUCAGCUGGAAUCCGAUCGUCGGCAGUGACUGCUCAAACUUAAUUGAGGGCAACAGUUAUUGUGUUGAAGCCAAUGGAGCUCCCACAAGCACUUCUUCCUCUCCCGUUUCGACCAGUACGCUCUCUUCCUCAUCAACACAAACAACAUCCACUGCCACCGGUCCAACAACGCCUUCGCCCACUCAAGGCGGUCUGACUCCAGACUGCCAACGUUUCUAUCUGGUGGAAAGUGGCGAUUUCUGUCAAGCGAUUGUCGACGAGUUCGGCACAUUCUCUCUCAGCCAGUUCUACGCCUGGAACCCGGCCGUCGGCUCCAGCUGUGGAGGUCUGCAAGCCGGCUACUAUGUCUGCGUCGGUGUCAGCGGAACUCCCACCACAGCCCCAACAAGCCCAAUCACCACUGCUCCUCCAACAACGACAAAUAACCCCUCGAAGCCUGAGCCAACUCAAGGCGGCUUGACCCCAGAUUGCCAGAACUUCUACCUUGUCCAAGCAGGAGACUUCUGUCAAGCGAUCGUCGACCAGUACGGUACCUUUUCACUUACCCAGUUCUACAACUGGAAUCCAGCAGUCGGCAACACUUGCGGUGGGCUCCAAGCAGGUUACUAUGUCUGUGUUGGAGUUGCAGGCACACCAACGAGUCGUCCUUCAUCGACCAGUGCUGCUGCCCCUACUACUACGCCAAACGGUCCACAGCCUCAACAGCCUGGUAUAAUCAAUACUUGCCAACAAUACUACUUCGUCCAACAAGGAGAUUUCUGCCAAGCGAUUGUAGACCAAUACGGCACCUUCUCCCUAUCGCAAUUCUACUCAUGGAACCCAGCCGUAGGAAAUACAUGCGGAGGCCUCCAAGCAGGUUAUUACGUCUGCGUCGGCGUAAUCGGAACACCAACCACCCGUCCUUCAACCACAUCCGCCGCCCCAACAGCCACGCCAACAGGUCCCCAACCUCAACAGCCAGGUCUCAUCGCCGGAUGUCAAAGAUACUACUUCGUGCAACAAGGCGACUUCUGCCAAGCCAUCGUUGACCGCUUCGGCACCUUCUCCUUACAACAAUUCUACUCAUGGAACCCCGCCGUAGGAAACACCUGCGGCGGACUCCAAGCCGGCUACUACGUCUGUGUUGGAGUAUCCGGCACACCGACAACCCCUCCAGCACCACCAACAAACCCCGCACCCACUCCCAUUCAAGCCGGCACACCGUCCAACUGCUCUCGAUAUGGCGUGGCGAACGCGGGCGGGACGUGCUCGGCUUUUGCUCAAAGGUUUGGGAUCUCGUUGCAGAACCUCUAUCGGUGGAAUCCGGUGCUGGGAAACAAUGGACAGAAUUGUCAGUCGAGUUUUUGGGCGGGGUAUAAUUAUUGCGUUGGUGUUUCUUCGUAGACGAUCGAUCAGGGAUUCGAUGUGUAAAUUAAGGAGAGUAAACAGUGGGAAGGUCUGCUUAAUGAGGCAAAGGAGGAUCGAAUUUUGUACAAGAGAGGAACAGACAAUCGACAUCGCACAACCAAGAAAUAUGAUAUCAGGUCU